GCCAAACAUUUUUUUGACAUACUAACUACCGUAUCUCCGUGCGACAACAUGCUGCAAUGGAGGAGAGGCAAACAGAACUCCUCGGCGGACCUCCUGGACCCCCCGACGAGGACCUCGAACCCAAGGCAGACCUCCCCGACGCCAGCCAACACCACACCCUCAAAUACCAUUUACUGGGCCCGAGUUUGACAAAGAGCGGACAGGACGGCGUCGACCAGAAAAAGGUCUCGGAGAUCAUUUACAACGCCUCCAAGGGGAGCAAGUACUUCAACAAUGAGGAGGUCAAGGACAAGCAGCUCACAGUCAAGAUCAACCGGAUCUUGGCCAAGAAGCGUGAGCUCGAGCGCAUCGAGGCUGCAGGCGGGCUCAAAAAUGAGAUGAAGAAGGCGGACGACUACAUUGCAGAUCUGGAGUAUGGUCGCGAUCUCACGCAGGCGAUCGUGCAUGUGGAUUGCGAUGCGUUCUAUGCCGCUGUGGAAGAGCUUGACCGACCUGAGUUGAAAGAAGUGCCAUUCGCGGUUGGCAAGGGUGUCCUGACCACUUGCAAUUAUCUGGCGAGGAAGUUUGGAUGUCGAAGUGGCAUGGCGGGCUUCGUGGCAGACCAGCUAUGUCCAGAGCUGAUUCAUAUCCCUCUCAAUUUUGAGAAAUACACGGCCAAGGCGAAGGAGGUCCGUUCGGUGCUGGAGCAGUACGAUCCCCGAUUCGAAAGCUCCUCGAUCGACGAGGCAUAUCUCAAUAUCACGCAGUACUGUAAAAAGCAUGACAUGUCUCCCGAGGAUGCAGUGAGCCAGAUGAGAGCUCAAGUCUUCGAGGAAACCAAGAUCACGGUGAGCGCUGGCAUAGCCGCGAACGCGAAACUAGCCAAGAUAUGCAGCAACAAGAACAAACCGAAUGGACAAUAUCGGCUGCCUUCGGAUCGGACGACAAUCAUGGGCUUCAUGCGAGAUCUUCCAACGCGCAAAGUUAAUGGUGUCGGCCGUGUCCUGGAGCGUGAGCUAGAUGCUAUCGGGAUCAAGACAUGCGGGGACAUCGGUCCUCAGCGACACUAUAUCAACCGCUUGUUCGGAGAGAAAGCAUUCGAGUUCCUCAUGGGCGUGCACCUGGGUCUUGGCCGCACAGAGGUCAGGCCAGCUGGGGAGACUGAAAGAAAGAGCGUUGGUACCGAAAGCACCUUUCACGACAUGUCGGAUCCGAAGGAGUUGAGGGACAAACUCAGGUGGAUUUCAGAUGAGCUAGAAAAGGAUCUUCAGCGCACCGAGUUCAAAGGAAGGACCUUGGUACUCAAGGUGAAGCUGCAUACCUAUGAGGUCCUGACCAGGCAAUUCCAGCCUCCCAAAGCGGUCUACACUGCUGAUGAUCUGUACCAUUUCGGCUUGCCUAUGCUGGUCAAGCUCGAGAGUGAACAUCCUGGUAUGAAGCUGAGACUCAUGGGUCUGAGAUGCACUCAUCUCGUGAGCACCAAGAAAGGAGAUGUAGACUUCUUUGGCAGAGCAAGAGGCAAGGUAUCGGCCGACGCAUCUAACACUGUCAAAGUUGACAACGACGGCUGGGAAGUGUGGCCAGACGAGGAAUUUGAGGAUGCUGCCAGGCAGGAACGCGAGGAAGAUAUGGCGGAGUUGGAGGCGCUCUCCCAGGAGCAUCAUGAUCGGAAGACUUCUGGCAAGCCGCCAGAGGAGGUAGAAGACUACGGUCGCUACGCAAAUGGCUUCGCGUGGCGGGCCUUGCUCGAGCAGGAGGCUGCUCAGAACAAGACGGAGUCAUUACCACCCGAGCAAUGGGAUUGUCCCAUCUGCAGCGUCCCACAAGCUGCUGACGAGAAGCGAUUCAACGAGCACAUCGAUGGCUGCUUGUCGCGGCAGACGAUCAAGGAGAUCGUGAAAGAGCCAUCUCCUGCAGACAAGAGAUCAACGCCGCUCACCCAGAGCAAUAGUGCGAAACGGAAGCGCGGCAAAAUUCAGGCCAACGGAAAAACGACAGCGGAGCACGAGAAGAAAGCGAAGAGAGCCUUCUUCGCCUGAUACUUGACAUUAGGGUCUUACGGGAUACCGGGCACAUCCAGGCUCGUCCGCCGGAUCUUUGAGGCGUGUGCAGACUCAAGUGUGCUCAAUAUGUUACAGAUUAUGACCAACGCUACAUUACGACGUUACGACCACACUCUUAUGUGUAAACAUGAAUAUGAAAUUCUCUCACAACCGUGCGACAAAGCCGCUCUUGUCGAUCUGCGUUCACUGUUAGCGGCGUCUUAUUGAUUAUACUGGGAACACGUACCUUGACGAGGUAAUCCUUGUUGAUGUCGCUGACCUUGGUCACACCAGCAAGAGCCAUGCACAGUUUG